GCCUGGCUGGGUGAUUGGCGAGGUAAGAUGGCGGCGCCAGAGGAGCCAGAAUUAUCCCAGGCGCAGACCGAAAAACUCCUUCAAUUUCAGGAUUUAACGGGGUUGGAAUCAAUGGACCAAUGCCGCCGAACAUUAGAGCAGCACAAUUGGAACAUAGAGGCUGCAGUGCAGGACAGACUUAAUGAGCAGGAAGGAGUUCCUAGUGUGUUUAACCCUCCACCAUCCAGACCUCUUCAGGUCAACACAGCAGACCAUAGAGUAUAUAGUUACAUCGUCUCCAGGCCUCAACCCAGGGGCUUACUAGGAUGGGGUUACUAUUUGAUUAUGCUACCAUUCAGAUUUACGUAUUACACACUUCUGGACAUAUUCAGGUUCGCGCUGCGAUUCAUCAGACCAGACCCUCGCGCCCGAGUGACGGACCCUGUAGGGGACGUCGUGUCCUUCAUUCAUAGCUUUGAGGAAAAGUACGGUCGGUCACACCCGGUGUUUUACCAGGGGACCUACAGCCAGGCACUGAAUGAUGCCAAACGGGAGCUCCGCUACCUAUUAGUGUACCUGCAUGGAGAUGAUCACCAGGACACUGAUGAGUUUUGCCGCUCCACACUAUGUUCGGAAGAGGUGAUUACGUUUAUCAACACCAGAAUGCUCUUCUGGGCAUGUUCAACCAGCAAACCAGAGGGUUACAGAGUGUCCCAGGCAUUGCGGGAGAACACCUACCCGUUCCUGGCCAUGAUAAUGCUGAAGGAUCAUAAGAUGACGGUGGUGGGCAGACUGGAGGGCGUCAUCCAGCCAGAAGACCUCACCAAUCAGCUUACAUUCAUCAUGGAAGCCAACCAAACAUAUCUGAUGUCAGAGCGUCUGGAACGAGAGGAGAGGAACCAGACCCAAGUCCUGAGGCAGCAGCAGGAUGAGGCCUACCUGGCCUCCCUCCGCGCCGAUCAAGAGAAAGAGAGAAAGAAACGAGAGGAGAUAGAGCAGCGGAAGCAAGAGGAAGAGAAGGUCCGACAAAGUGCUCUGGCAGAGGAAAGGAGGCGAAGGACACUGGAGGAGGAGAAGGAGAGGAAGUCGGAGUGUCUUCCUCCAGAGCCGCCGGCCGAUGAUCCAGAAAGUGUCAAAAUAGUGUUUAAGCUGCCGAAUGAUACGAGAGUAGAAAGACGAUUCCUGUUUGGUCAGUCUCUGUCGGUAAUACACGACUUCCUUUUCUCUUUGAAAGAAACUCCAGAGAAGUUCCACAUAGCUACAAACUUCCCCCGCCGAGUCCUGCCCUGCCUUCCAACCGAGGAGCAGUCCAACCCACCCACUCUGAAAGAGGCGGGACUCAGCCGCUCCGAGGUCCUUUUUGUUCAGGACCUGACGGACGAUUAAUAAAUGACAUACCUCUUCCAAGUGGAAACGCAUUUUCCCCCUAACACCCUCCCAGUUUGUUGUUUUCUUUUUUUUUUUUUUUUGAUAUUUUGUCAAAUGGCCAUAAUGCUUAAGGAAUCAUUGAGAUAAAACCUUCUCCUGGAAAAUGAAACCAUCCUGCAUCCAGUCCACCUUUAGCUUUUUACAGGGUUCCCCAAAAGUCUGGAAAGUCUUAAAUUUUAUCCAAUAAAUAUUUCUUCAAGUUGUUCCUUGAACUCAUUUUAUGUUAAAAACACCUUUUCCAUCAUCUUUAUAGCUGCCAUCAAUCCUCCCUCCUCAACUAUAACAGUAGCUUAUUGAUGCCUGCUGACAUUCACUAAAGCAGUAGCAUAACUUUGUUCACAUCCAUCUUUUUUAAUGAUCGUUGGGCUACUAAGAGAGCUGUUUUUUUUAUUAUAUUAGAGCAGAUGCAGCAUGGAGACGAUUUGAUUUCCACGAAUGUGAACGCCUUGGCUGUUUCUGUUACUCCUGUUUGGUCCGUUCGUCCCAUUUUGCAAACGGUAUUUUUGACAAGCACAACCAAAUCUAUCCAUUGAGUUGAGUGCAGAGGGGAUUCUCAGUUCACACUCUGAGGGGGGGGGUGGCGGACACCUUGCAGAGGGAAGAUGGUCGGAUCGGGGCAGGAAAGAAAUACGGGAACCCUGUUUGGAACGAGCCAUUACCUGUACAUAAGUCCAAUAUUUAACAUCCCCAAAUUGACCUUAUUGUUUCAUUUUGUUUUGACUCAGUCUGUCAUUAAAUGACCAAAUGCAGGUUUGUUACUAUGUAAAGCAGACUGCCUCAAUCCUAUGAAGUUUAAACACAAUAUUUAACAGAUGCCACAGCUUUUACAUGUGGCUGUAACUAGUGUAGUAAAAGUCAGCCCAUAGUGUGCCUGUGGUUACUCAUAGAUGCCUGUUUUUUUUUUUUUCUUUUUGUUUUUUUUUUUGCCUGUAACACCAGAAUGGGCUCAUGUAAAAGAUGUAAUUUUCCAGCUAUAAAUUAAAAAUGUUUUAAAAAUGUGGGUUUA